UCUGAAUCCGGAUCAGUGCGGUGCGCUCUAGGGUCCGGGUUUUCUUUUUCUCCCCUCCCAUCUAUUUCCUCCUCGCUUGCCACUAGUUUACCUUCACUUGUUCAGCCUUAACUCUGAGAGCAGGAGGAGGAGGAGGAUGGUAUAUGAUUGGCCAGGCGGGGACUGGUAGUCCGGAGGCUGGCAUUGUGCUCCGCGUUGAUACCCCGUGUUCUUGUUUACACCUUGCGGACCGGGGCCGAGACAAGACACCCAGGGGCCCCCAGAACAGCCAGUCUGCAGUGAACGCGGCCAUCUGACAGCAUCUCCCCGUGGGAGCCUACUUCUUUUACAUGGUCGCCAACCAAGUUACUCUUUUGCUCGGAAUCGGACUCCCUCUCGUCUAAAUUAACUUCUCCAUCCAGAGCAGCAAUGCGUCAAACUUUUUGGUGACUUUUUGUGGCACCUCUGCGCUCAGGGGUUCCAGUCAAGCAGGGUCCAGUUGCAGCUGGAAAUGAAAUCUACCAGGAAUCGUAGCGGCAGAUUGUUUAUUCAUACUCACAGGGUGUGAUAUCUAAGGACCUCUUCAAACUUUGAUCACGGGCGGAAAUUACACCCUUUCAAUCAUUCUCAGACAUUCACAAGCCGCGUGGUGAUGGAUGUGUUUUGAGCGUCGCCGGCUUCGAAAGUGAACUAUUUACUAAAACAACGACACCCAACAUCAGUUACUGUACUCAAUCUUGGCAUUUCACUCUUUCCUGAGAAAUCUUUCAAGGGGGUGGGGGGGGGGGGGGACUUUUGUUGGACAAGAGCCCUCUUCAGAAGCACCGCAGGUUACGCUGUGUGGGGAAAACCCCGGGACGUUUCGCAACGGCGUAGCCGGAAAAGAUGCUCUCUGUUCGGAUGCAGCGUGACCAAGGUAUCGGUCCUCUGGUUCUUCUCCUCGUUGUCGGGGGAUAUGUCGUCUCUGGCACUGAGAGCAGCGACUACAGCGAGGCAGUGGUUCUCCCUGACUCCUUCCCGUCAGCACCGGCAGAACCUCUCCCAGAAUUCCUGCUGGAACCGGAGGACGCUUUCAUCGUGAAGAACCGGCCGGUCCAGCUCCGGUGCCAGGCGUCUCCAGCCACCCAGAUCUACUUCAAAUGUAACGGAGAAUGGGUCAAUCAAAACGAUCACGUCACCAGAGAGAGCCUGGACCAGAUCACGGGUCUGGUGCUGCGGGAGGUGGACAUCUCGGUGUCAAGGACCCAGGUGGAGGAGCUUUUUGGGUUGGAGGACUACUGGUGUCAAUGUGUGGCCUGGAGCUCUGCUGGCACCACCAAAAGCAACCGUGCCUACGUUCGCAUUGCAUAUCUGAGGAAGAACUUUGAGCAGGAGCCGCUGGGGCGGGAGGUGCGACUUGAGCAGGAGGUGCUGCUGCAGUGUCGCCCCCCUGAAGGCAUGCCCGUUGCCGAGGUGGACUGGUUGAAGAACGAGGAUGCUAUAGAUCCAUCACAGGACUCCAACUUCCUGAUCACAAUCGAUCAUGAUCUGAUCAUCAAACAGGCCAGACUCUCAGACACCGCCAACUACACCUGCGUGGCUCGCAACGUGGUGGCCAAAAGACGCAGCAGCACGGCUACGCUUAUUGUUUAUGUGAGCGGAGGAUGGUCUUCAUGGACUGAAUGGUCAGAGUGCAAUGCUCGGUGUGGGCGGGGCUGGCAGCGACGAACACGCAGCUGCACCAAUCCCGCCCCUCUGAAUGGAGGAGCCUUCUGUGAGGGCCUUCCCUUCCAGAGAGUGACCUGCACCACACUGUGCCCAGUGGAUGGAGGCUGGACAGAAUGGGCAAAGUGGUCCGCCUGUGGGACAGAGUGCACCCACUGGCGCAGCCGCGAGUGCCAAGCCCCCCCACCUAGAAAUGGAGGAAAGCACUGCAGCGGCAGCAUGAUGGAGAGCAAAAACUGCACUGAGGGGUUGUGUGCGCGCAAUAAAAAGAUUUCUAUUGAACAUGCAAGCCAUCCGCUGGCCCCAGGUACGGGCGUCGCAGUUUACGCUGGUCUAGUGGGGGCCGUACUGCUGUGUGUGAUACUGGUGUUGUGCGUGGGUGUGCUUGCAUAUCGCCGCAGAUGCCGCCAUCUCCAUGGAGACAUCACCGAUUCCUCGUCUGCACUCACUGCCGCCUUCCACCCUGGCAACUACAAGCCUCCCAGACAGGAUAACACUCACCCUCUGCAUCCAUCAGCUCCUCCGGACCUUACAGCCACAGCGGGGGCUUUCCGCAGUCCGCUCUUCUCUCUGCAGCAGGGGGUCAAUGACAGCCCCCACAAAAUCCCCAUGACCACCUCUCCCCUGCUGGACCCAUUGCCAAGUCUCAAAAUCAAGGUGUAUAACGCCUCCACUCUCUCCUCCCUGGAGCUCCCCGCGGACAUGUGCCUAGGUGACGGGGAGAUCCUCAGCCUGAAGUCAGUGGGUACUAUGGGUAGAGAGCGAGACUACCACAGCCACACCUUGUCCAGAGAGCCUGGGCUCAGCACCAGCGCAACUCUGGGCAAUCUUGGAGGACGCCUUACCAUCCCCAACACAGGUGUGAGUCUGCUGGUCCCCCCUGGCACAAUCCCCCAGGGGAAAUUCUAUGAGAUGUACCUUAUUAUCAACAAGUGGGACAAAACGACGCUACCGUCUGAGGGCAGUCAGACUGUACUAAGUCCUGUGGUGAGCUGUGGCCCCUCCGGUAUGCUGCUGAAUCGUCCUGUGGUUCUCACAUUGCCCCAUUGUGCCCAGCUAGACACACCUACACCAGACUGGACCCUCACACUCAAGACACAGACGCACCAGGGGGCAUGGGAGGAGGUGCUGACUGUAGGAGAGGAGACUUUGUCGUCUCCGUGCUACCUGCAGCUGGAGGAGGAGUGUUGUCAUGUUCUAAUGGAGCAGCUGGGAACGUACGGCCUGGUGGGCCAGUCCUGCCCUCCACAGCCUGCCUGCAAACGCCUGCAGUUGGCACUGUUCGCCCCUCGAGCACCCUGCCUCUCCCUGGACUACAGCCUCCGAAUCUACUGCAUCCAUGACACCCCACAUGCAUUCAAGGAGGUGCUAGAUUUGGAGAGGAGUCUAGGUGGAGUUUUGCUGGAGGAUCCCAAGCCUCUGCUCUUCAAAGACAGCUACCACAACCUGCGCCUGUCCAUCCACGACAUUCCUCACACUCACUGGAGAAGCAAGCUACUGGCAAAGUAUCAGGAGAUCCCGUUCUACCACAUCUGGAGCGGCAGUCAGAGACCCCUGCACUGCACUUUCAGCCUGGAGAGAGGGAGCCUGGCUGUGUCCCAGCUCACCUGUAAGAUCUGUGUCCGACAGGUGGAAGGGGAGGGACAGAUAUUCCAGCUGCACACGGAUAUUCAGGAGACUCUACCCCCGCACUCGCCCCUCCCCUCAGGAGGCACCUGCCUGCCUUCCUCUCAAGUGGGACCCUAUGCCUUUCGCUUGCCUGACUCCAUCCGGCAGAAGAUCUGUGCCAGUUUGGAUGCGCCCAGUGCUCGAGGAUGUGACUGGAGACUACUGGCGCGCAGUCUGGGCUUUGACAGGUACUUGAACUACUUUGCAACAAAGCCCAGCCCUACAGGUGUUCUACUGGACUUAUGGGAAGCUUGUCACCAAGCUGAUGCAGACCUGGUCUCUCUGGCGACCGCGCUGGAAGAAAUGGGCAAAAGUGAGGUGCUAGUUGUCAUGACAACAGAUGGGGAUUGUUGAUUGGUCAAGGAACGAGAGCAAGCCAGACUUUUUUUUUUUUCUUCUCACCACGGUGAUGGAAAUAAGAAUACUUGCCUAUGAAUAUGCACACCCCGGUACAAUCAUUUUGGUUCCUUCUUAUGCACUGUAUUACCUCCACAUCAUAUUCCUUUUCUCUGACCCCUAAUCAACCACUGUAGCUGCAUAGCCACCAUAACGCAUUCCCAUGACAACUGCUAAUCAGAUUCAGCAUGAAUCCUCCAAGGCAACGUUGCAUCUGCAAGAUGGGAAACCAAUUUGAGGGUAGAAGGCGUAAAAUGGGUGUAAAGUCAUCUGUCAUAUGGGGUGUUGAUUGUCUUCUUCAAAGAUUUUAAAUAACACUAUUCUUGUAUAUAAAUAACAAAAGCUUUGGGACAAACAAAAGACAAAUCUUGUAGGCCAACACUCUAACAUGGACAAAACGUUAACACGGGAUUACCCAUGUUUCAGUAGCAGCAUGAAAGUGCAUGAUUUAACACCAUCUCACCUCAUGGCAGAGGCUUUUCUUUUCUCCAUUGUCAUUCUGUGUGUGUGCAGUGAAUGACAGGAUGCACCGGCAUGUCUGGAACCUCUUCAGGCUACAGACACUCCAACACAAACACAUACACACACACACACACACACACAGUCCAUCAGGUCAUUAACCGACUCUGAGUCAGGUAGGCUACAAUUUCUUGUCUAACUGCUUAGACUGUCGACAAAUCACGAGGUCUGAACCCUCAAUCUUUGAGGGCUUAAGCACGUCGUUUGUGCUGGAGAAAAAAAAGUGUGGUACGAUGGUGAAUUGUGAAGUUGAUUUAGGAAUUGGCAGAUAACCAGACCGACUGGCUCUUUAUAUUGUACCGACAAAUGCCUCAAAGCCUUGGCAUAUCAUUCCGGCUCAGAGGUGUUUCUCUUUCACCUGUCCUCGCAUUCUUCUAUCGCGCUGCCACACUCCUCCGAUCUGUUGAGAAUAAACUGCAGGAAAGCUUUCUGGUCAUCUCUUAAAGUUUCCUUUGGGGAACGCUCUUUAAGUUAUUAUCCAUAUUUGUGGAUUUUAUUUUUUUUCAUUUCUGUUACAAUCAUAUAGAACCUGUUCUAUCAUCUGUGCUUGUUUAGGCCGCUGUGUUUUAUUUUUGAUUCUAGUACAGCAGGCCAAAGGGGAGUUAGGUGCACAGGGGAUGUCUCAGAUUAUUUCUUAUUUUUAAUAUGGUGCAUCUAUUCAAAAUGUAAUCUGUAAAACAUUAUGAGAGGUGGUCGUAUGUCCAGGUGAACAUACUGUGUGCUGUAUUUCAUAGGCAUUUAUGCUUUGCUAUACCUGAGGGCAGAGAUUAAUUUUACAGAAUAGAUGAGCCUUGCCUUAAAUCAACUAGGCAGCAAGGGACCAUAAAAUGUACCUCAACACUAACUGCAUUAUGUUUCAAUCUAUUCUGUCCACCCCUUGUGUCCUGUCUAUUUAACGCCCUGUAACUCAUUAUGUCUCUCUCAAUUUGAUAACAAAUUGUUAACCUUUUUACUAAGCCGCCUUGCUUUGUGGUCAGGGUCCUCAAGCUUUUUGCAUUAUCAAUCUUGUACUGUCAGUUAUUGUAAGACGGGAAUUGAAAUGCUUUCAUCUGUAUCUUUUUCAUUAAGGUCUUUGUGUUAUUGAGUCUAUUUCACCCUCAAAGUAAAAAAAAAAAGUGUUCAUAUCAUUGAAACCACAAAAACCAAAACACAGGCAGUAUCCCUCUCACAGUGAGUCAUGUCACUGUUUUGUGUGAAUGAACUGAAAACACAAGUGGAUGUGCGCGGGAGUGUGUAUGUGUGGGCAGGUGGGUGUGCACGUACAGUACGUACACGCGUUUAAGAUCUGUCAUUUCUUUUUGUAAGUCCUAUGCAAGUACAAAAAAAAAGCGAAGCAUUUUGACUUCUUUUGUUUCCUGGAAGAGUAAUUCUAUUUUUUCAGAUCAGGGCAUUGACAGGGUUUUGCUUUUGUAUUCUAAAGUGGUUUAAGAGUGGUUUAACAUUUUUUGGUUAUGGUGGUAUCUGUGGGAAUUCUUCAUCUGGAUGGGAAGGAUUGGAUCCCUGACCAAGCAAGCUAGUAUUGAAAAAAGCACACGUAGGAGAACAACACAAAGUACGGGGCAAAAGCUGCCAAACAAGUUGCGACGAACAUCAUGAUCUCGUGCCCUGCAGGUCUUCGCCCAUAAGGAAAUAUCUGAACCUGACCGGUUCAGAACUUUGGAUCCCUGAACACUGCAGGACUAUUUUCUUUCCUCAAAUCUUGUUACAGAGACUGGCUAUCUGUAGACUAGUGUUUAUUCGUCCAGAUUUCUUGAGUAUCUGUUGAAACUUUGGCCGUAGCUCUGGACAAUUCAUGCUGGAGCUGGACUGGAUUCCUCCUUGCUCUCAUCAAAGAGAAAAAUUUAGCCUUUCUUCAAGAAGUCAGAACUUUUUACGAAAAAA